AUGGCUCCAAAGAUCUUCUCUCUAGAUGGCAAGAGCCUCAAGCUCGACACUGCCGAAGAUAUCGAGGCUCACGUCAAGCCUCUUCUCGAAGAUACAUCAUACACCGAAGUGCACCUUGGAGGAAACACGUUUGGUAUUGCCGCUUCUGAGCGCCUUGCGACUGUGCUCGCAACGCAAAAGAGCCUUGAAGUUGCCGAUCUUGCCGAUAUCUUCACAUCACGACUCCUGUCGGAAAUCCCUCCUGCGUUGACCGCCUUACUCAACGCCCUUCUGGAAAUCCCUACACUUCACACCGUUAACCUUUCCGAUAACGCAUUCGGCCUGAACACGCAAGCACCCCUCGUCGAUUUUCUCUCUCGCGCCGUGCCCUUGCGCCAUCUUAUCCUGAAUAACAACGGUCUUGGUCCCAAUGCCGGUACCUUGAUUGCAAAUGCGCUCACAAAACUUGCGGAACGCAAAGAGGAGGCUCGCAAAGAGGGCAAGGAUGCUCCUCUUUUGGAAUCUAUUGUUUGCGGCCGCAACCGUCUUGAGAAUGGCAGUAUGGUCGCGUGGGCAAAUGCUUACAAGGCCCAUGCCAAGGGGAUGCGUUCUGUAAAGAUGACUCAAAAUGGUAUCCGGCAGGAGGGUAUUUCGCUUCUUUUGAAGGAAGGUCUCAGCCAUGCGGCUGCCUUGGAGGUUGUCGAUCUGCAAGAUAAUACAUUCACUCUUUUGGGGUCCACUGCUUUAGCGGGCGUCAUUCAAGGGUGGACUUCCUUACGGGAACUCGGUGUUGGCGACUGCUUGUUGUCUGCUCGUGGUGGUAUCAAGAUCGCUGAGGCACUUGCCGCUGGCAAGAACCAGAAGGUUGAGACAUUACGUUUACAAUACAACGAUAUAAACGCCGCAGGGGUUAAACAAUUCUUAUUUGCAACAAAGACAGCCCUUCCAGCCCUUCGACGCAUCGAGCUUAAUGGCAAUAAAUUUCUUGAAGAUGACGGUAAUGUCGAGGAUUUGCGCGAGCUUCUCGAAAAUAGGAAAGAAGAGCAUGGCUCAGAUGAUGACCCAAAAGACUCAUGGGGAAUCGAUGAGCUUGAUGAGCUCGAGGAAGAGGAGGAAGAAGAGGAAGAGGAGGAAGAGGAAGCAGAUGAGGAAGAAGAAGAAAGAUCACAUCUGGCGGACAAGACUCUGAAGGAGACUAUUCGAGCCGAAGACGAGCCCGUUAGCCAGAAGAAAGAUGCCGAUGUUGAUGCAUUGGCUGAUACACUCGGCAAAACUGGCAUAUAA